AUGUUGACAAAGUUUGAAUCGAAAUCAGCACGUGUCAAAGGUUUAUCCUUUCACCCAAAACGGCCAUGGGUUUUAACAUCACUUCAUUCCGGUAUUAUUCAAUUAUGGGACUAUCGAAUGAAAACAUUAAUCGACAAAUUCGAUGAACAUGAUGGACCGGUUCGUGGCAUUCAUUUUCAUAAUGCACAACCAUUAUUUGUCAGUGGUGGUGAUGAUUAUAAAAUCAAAGUUUGGAAUUAUAAAUCGCGCAAAUGCUUAUUUACAUUAUUGGGUCAUUUGGAUUAUAUUCGUACGACAUUUUUUCAUCAUGAAUAUCCAUGGAUUAUUUCUGCAAGUGAUGAUCAAACCAUUCGUAUUUGGAAUUGGCAAUCGAGACAAUGUGUUUGUGUGAUGACUGGUCAUAAUCAUUAUGUCAUGUGCGCACAAUUUCAUCCAACCGAUGAUUUAGUUGUAUCAGCAUCACUCGAUCAAACAGUUCGAGUUUGGGAUAUUUCAGGCUUACGAAAAAAGAACGUUUAUUCACCACCCGAUACAAUUCAAUCACAAAUCCAACGUACAACAGGAACACCNAACGAACGAAGAAUUUUGAUAAAUUAG